AGUGUGUGUUCCACGUUUCGUGCCGGUUGCUGUCUUUCGCACGCGCCAGAGCAUAGAAAACAGUGAAAAUGGUUCUCGAACUCGACGACUUCAGGGACGACAAGGGUGGUUCUGCGGAGAAGAUUCGCAAGAAUCAAGCCGAUCGUUUCAAAGACGUGACAUUGGUCGAUAAGGUCGUGGAGCUCGACAACGAAUGGAGACGGCAAAGGCACGUUCUGGAUCAGUGGAACAAGUUGCGGAACUCUUGUUCCAAAGCCAUCGGUGACAAGAAGAAGAAAAAAGAAGCCGAUGGCGAAGGGGAUCUCCCGGGAGAUUUCGCGCUUUCCCACGAACUCCUCAACGAUGCCAUAUCGGCACUCAGCAUCAACCAGAUCAAAACUGUGGUUGGAAAAAUCGCCGAAGCGAUCGAGUCCACAAAUGUGCGUCUUGUCGAAUUGGAGACCGAGAGAAACGAGAAUCUCCGUGAGGUUGCCAACUGGCUCGGGAAAGACGUCGUUAUCUCGGACAACGAAGACAAUAACGCUGUGAUAAGGACGUACGGAGACUGCACGACUUCGAAGAAGUACUCACAUGUGGACUUGAUAGUCAUGAUCGACGGUAUGGACGGUGACAGAGGCACAGUCGUCGCUGGAGGCAGAGGCUACUUCCUGAAAGGUGCUGCGGUUUUCUUGGAGCAGGCUCUUAUCCAACUAGCUCUGCAAAGCUUGUUGAAAAAAGGUUUCACCCCUUUGUACACACCUUUCUUCAUGCGAAAAGCCGUCAUGCAACAAGUCGCUCAGCUAUCACAAUUCGAUGAAGAGCUGUACAAGGUUGUCGGCAAGGGCAGCGAAAAAGCCGACGAGAAGGAAGUUGACGAGAAAUACCUGAUUGCGACCUCGGAACAACCGAUAUGUGCUUUCCACAAGGACGAAUGGUUGUCUCCAGCGGAUCUGCCCAUAAAGUACGCUGGUCUAUCGACCUGCUUCCGCCAGGAAGUCGGGUCCCAUGGAAGAGACACCAGGGGAAUUUUCAGGGUUCACCAAUUCGAGAAAAUCGAGCAGUUCGUAAUCACAUCCCCGCUCGACGACGAGUCGUGGAAAGCCUUCGAUGAAAUGAUCGGCAACGCCGAAGCCUUCUGCCAAGCUCUCAACCUGCCGUACAGGAUCGUGAACAUCGUCUCAGGAGCCCUGAAUAAUGCCGCGGCAAAGAAGUUCGAUCUCGAAGCCUGGUUCCCCGCAAGUGGUGCUUUCCGUGAGCUGGUCUCGUGUUCCAAUUGUCUGGAUUAUCAGUCCAGAAGACUGCAAAUCCGCUACGGACAAACGAAGAAAAUGAACGAAAAGACCCCCUACGUGCACAUGUUGAACGCGACCAUGUGCGCUACUACUCGAGUCAUAUGCUGUAUCCUCGAAAAUUGUCAGGAGGAGGACGGAAUUCGAGUCCCGGAGGCCCUACGACCCUGGAUGCCGGAGCAGUUCAGAGAAAAAAUCCCAUUCGUGAAGCCCGCCCCGAUCGACGAGGAGCAGAAGAAGAAAGAGAAGAAGAAGUAGCUCAAUCAUAGACCGCCGUGAGGCCGGACGAAUAAAUUCAAUCGCUGCUUUUGUAUACAUUAAAACA